AGUUGUAAAAAUACAUGUUUUCAUUUUCAUGAAGUAUUAAAAACUUGAAAACAAAGCUUGCAUCGUUUGCAAAUUGCAUUUUAAAGAUUAAGAUAAAAUCUUAUUAAUAAGGAACUCACAAUCUUGCUUCUUUUCAUUUGUACUUUACGUGUUAGAAUCGCCAAAUAGUUGUGUGCACCAUGUUUUAUCUAAUAAUUUUAAUGUUGACUUUUAAAUAUUUGUAUUGUUCUUCCAUAAUGGAUAUGACAACGAGUUCAUUUGGUAGAAGUAACAAUGGUUUUAUCGCUGCAUUUGGUGACUUCAACUCGGACGAAUUGACUGAUGCUUUUAUAAUAAAUGGUUCGAGUGUUGAAGUGCUCUUGGCAUACGAAAAGGAACCUUUUUUGCGACCAUCAUCUUUUGUUUGUUCUUUUAAUGAUCUCGUGAUAACAAGCAUAGUGCCAGGUGACUACGAUGGAGAUGCUUACAUGGACAUACUGUUCACGACACAAAUUCAAAAUGCUACAUCUAAUUCACAUGAAGUACGCAUUUUAUGGGGAGGCGCACCCACCUUGAACUGUUCAGAUGCGGUUUCGAUCCGAGCUACAACAAUAGGCCAGCCAUUAGUGUUAGAUUAUAAUCGUGACAUGAUUUUAGAUUUAUUUGGCAUCAAUUCUAAAAAAGAAAGGGUGUUUUGGGUAUUUGAUAAAACCAGAUUGAAUCCAAUUGAAAUUCCAAUGAGCAAAGAUUUGCUUAAAGAAGUAAAACUCCCGCACUCACAUUCAUUUUUGGACGUAAAUGAUGAUAAUGCUGCUGAUCUGUUGGUCACAACUAAGUUGGAUAUAGAAGUUUGGUUUAAUGAUGAAGCUGGUGGAUUUACAUACAACUACAGUAUUGAUUUACUUGUUGGACAUCCAGCAAUAUACGGCCAGGCUUUAUUAACCGAUGUUGCUUUGUCGGGACAAUUCUAUGUAGUAAUACCAGUUUGCUAUGAUGUGGAAUGUUUAAAUAGCACUAUACUAAUUUAUGACAACAAACAAUGGCAUGAUCUUCAAGUGGACUUUAAUGAUGGUAAAGGAACUUUAUGGCGAUUUACCCCUCCAAGAGAUGAAAUAUACUUGGAUACUAUAACAAUGAGAAGUGGUGACUAUAAUAUGGAUGGGUAUCCAGACAUUCUGAUGACCCUAAGUCCAGUAAAUAGCAAUGAAACUGCAGUUUUUCUAUUGCAUAAUGUACCUUGCACCUCAGUGGGUUGUAAAUUUUCAAGAACUUUUCAAGUGCAGUGGGAGAAAUUUGAUACAUUUGGUAGAAAUGUUGUGAUGGCUACAUUUUACGAUUUUUACAUGGAUGGUGUUCUUGAUGUUAUUUAUAUUAAAAAGAAUACCACUUUGCAGUCAUAUACUAUGAAUGCAUUUAAAAAUGAAUUGGAAUAUGAUACAAACUUUAUAAAGGUUAUUGUUGUGACUGGGCUCUCCAAUAAAAACAUACCUGUUAUUAAUGGAACCUUGUACAAUAGGAAAGUAACUUUUGGCACUAAUUUACCUGGACCUAAAAUUGGAUACAAUACUUGGUCUCAAGAAAGUACCUACAGGACAGGAGUGUGCGCCCAACUUUCACAAUCUGCUUAUUUUGCAUUGCAACUGCCUUAUUCAAUAUUCGGACUGGAUAGGACACCUAAUUUUGUAGACACACUAAAUGUUGGUCUAUCAGGAUACUCCAAAAGCUGGACUCAAAUAAUCCCCAAUUCACAAAUAGUUGUUAUCCCAGCUCCACCAAAUGACCCAUCACAAUGGCAUGCUCAAUUAUUUGUUACACCAAGCAAAGUUAUUUUGAAAAGUGUUUUUGUAUUAACUGCCAUUAUUGUUAUAAUAACCGCUUGUGUGUUAUAUUUACAUUGGAAAGAAAGGAAUGAUAGACAAGAUAUUAUAGAAAUUGAUGAAAAGACAUAUGUAAAGAUUUAGAUCUCUUUUUAAAUGUGAUAUAAUUAAUAUAUUAUUUUAACAGUGUUAAGCCCACAAUAACAUAUUUUGCCUAAAUGGGCUAGCUGACUGUUACCACCGUUAUUUUUUUAAAAAAAAAACAAUGAUAGAGUUUACAAAGUGUUUUUCGAUAUUUAAGACUCAAAGGUGGAAGUGCCUUUACUAGACCAUACUAUAUAGUUAGGAGUUAUAUUUUAAAUUAAUCAUUCUUUACUUUAUUAAAAAGUCUGUGAUCACUUUAUAUUAAAUGUUAUUUUCACAAACAAUGAGUACUCUCAAACAUAUUUCCUUUGUCAAAUGGGGAUGUUUCCUAAUGUUACAAAUCCAAAUAAAGUUAUGUUUAAUAUUUAUACAUUAUAUAUUUACAUAAUAAAAGCAAUUCCAAAAAUUAGGAAACAUCCCCAUUGCAUUUAAAGUAAAAAACAUUGUAGUGUCCCUCACACUAUAAGAUUUUUAACCACAAACUUCAUGGAGGUGGGAUCGAUGGAGACUGAUGCGGUCACCUAUGCGGUAACAGUGUGUCGAACAUUUCUUUCAAUCUUCAGCUCUAUACGAAGUAGUUUAACUUUAAUGUGUCAUUAAUUAAUUUGCGUGUAAAUAUGGUUUUCCAAAGGGGGGGGAAGGUCGAUAAGAUCGUGUUGUGCCCCGGGCGCGAGAUAAGCUGCUAUGUACUUCUUGUGAAGGACUGUAAAUUCUAAUUUUAUGUAAAUAAAGCUUAGUUUCCAAUAAUUAUAAAAUAUGUUUUUAAAUGUUGUUUUUCCCCUUUAACUCGAACUCGUCCCGUCACAUAGUUUUAGUUAAAUUGUUAUUGUGUCCACAUAAUUGCGGUAGAAAGUUUAGCUUAAUUUUCUCCGCUUGUUAAAAGUCAGAAUCUUAUAGACGUUGUAAAUUGUUCUCAUUCCUAGAUCAAACAGACUUUAAUAAUAAUAACAUACAAAUUAAUAUUGGUGUAAAUUAUAAUAAAAACGAAGACAAGUU